GACUGCGCCCGGGCGGCCUGGCGCGCGCGCCCCGCGCUGACAGAGACGCCGGGGCGAGCGCCGGCCGCGGCUGCAUGAGGCUCGGCGGGAACUAGCGCGCCGAGCCCGCGAGGCCCGGCGCCGAGGCUGGGGGGCGGGCGCGGCGGAGGCGGAGCUCGGGCCGGGCCCGCCCGCUCGCGGGGGCGCCGCCGGCAGAGGCCGUGGAGGCGGCGCGGCGGACGGCGGCCCGAGAGGAGCGCCCGCGCUGCGGCCCGCGGGAGCGCGCCGCCACCGCCCGCGCCGGCCUGAGGAGCGCCCGCCGCCGCGCGGGCCGAGAUGAUGUGAAACAUGUGGAUUUGUGAUAUGAAUUCAUUUGAAAAGCCUCUUUGGGGGUAUGACCAUGAUUUCUGAUGAAACCAGAUUGGAAUAGUUUUCAUGAUAUUUGUAUAUUUAUAUAUAUAUAUUUUAAAAUUUUACAUUUGACUUAAAGUGCCAUGAGAAAAUUUGCAUAUUGCAAGGUGGUUCUAGCCACCUCCUUGGUUUGGGUACUUUUGGAUAUGUUUCUGCUGCUGUACUUCAGUGAGUGCAACAAAUGUGAUCAGAAAAAGGAGAGAGGACUUCCUGCUGGGGAUGUUCUAGAGCCAGUGCAGAAGCCUCAUGAAGGUCCCGGAGAAAUGGGGAAACCAGUCGUCAUUCCUAAAGAGGAUCAAGAAAAGAUGAAAGAGAUGUUUAAAAUCAAUCAGUUUAAUUUAAUGGCAAGUGAGAUGAUUGCACUCAACAGAUCUUUACCAGAUGUGAGGUUAGAGGGGUGUAAAACAAAGGUGUAUCCAGAUAACCUUCCUACAACAAGCGUGGUGAUUGUUUUCCACAAUGAGGCAUGGAGCACACUUCUUCGAACAGUCCAUAGUGUCAUUAAUCGCUCACCAAGACACAUGAUAGAAGAGAUUGUUCUUGUAGAUGAUGCCAGUGAAAGAGACUUUUUGAAAAGACCUCUAGAGAGUUAUGUGAAAAAACUCAAGGUGCCAGUUCAUGUAAUUCGAAUGGAACAACGUUCUGGAUUGAUCAGAGCUAGAUUAAAAGGAGCUGCUGUGUCCAAAGGCCAAGUGAUCACCUUCUUAGAUGCACACUGUGAGUGUACGGCAGGGUGGCUGGAGCCUCUCUUAGCCAGGAUCAAACAUGACAGGAGAACAGUGGUAUGUCCUAUCAUUGAUGUGAUCAGCGAUGAUACUUUCGAGUACAUGGCAGGCUCUGACAUGACCUAUGGUGGAUUCAACUGGAAGCUCAAUUUUCGUUGGUAUCCUGUCCCCCAAAGAGAAAUGGACAGAAGGAAAGGUGACCGGACUCUCCCUGUCAGAACACCUACAAUGGCCGGAGGCCUUUUUUCAAUAGACAGAGAUUACUUUCAGGAAAUUGGAACAUAUGAUGCUGGAAUGGAUAUUUGGGGAGGAGAAAACCUAGAAAUUUCCUUUAGGAUUUGGCAAUGUGGAGGAACUUUGGAAAUUGUGACUUGUUCCCAUGUCGGUCAUGUGUUUCGGAAAGCUACACCUUACACGUUUCCAGGAGGGACAGGGCAGAUUAUCAAUAAAAAUAAUAGACGGCUUGCAGAAGUAUGGAUGGAUGAAUUCAAGAAUUUUUUCUAUAUAAUUUCUCCAGGUGUUACAAAGGUAGAUUAUGGAGAUAUAUCAUCAAGACUUGGUCUGAGACAUAAACUACAAUGCAAACCUUUCUCUUGGUACCUAGAAAAUAUUUACCCUGAUUCUCAAAUUCCACGUCACUAUUUCUCAUUGGGAGAGAUACGAAAUGUGGAAACAAAUCAGUGUCUAGAUAACAUGGCUAGAAAAGAGAACGAAAAGGUUGGAAUUUUCAAUUGUCACGGUAUGGGAGGCAAUCAGGUUUUCUCUUAUACUGCCAACAAAGAAAUUAGAACCGAUGACCUGUGUUUGGAUGUUUCCAAACUUAAUGGCCCAGUUACCAUGCUCAAAUGCCACCACCUAAAAGGCAACCAGCUCUGGGAGUACGACCCAGUGAAAUUAACCCUGCAGCAUGUGAACAGUAACCAGUGCCUGGAUAAAGCCACGGAAGAGGACAGCCAGGUGCCCAGCAUUAGAGACUGCACUGGAAGCCGGUCCCAGCAGUGGCUUCUUCGAAAUGUCACCCUUCCAGAAAUAUUCUGAGACCAAAUUUACAGCAACAACAACAAAAAGAAAAAUGAAAGAAAAAAAAUAAGGAUUGACUGGGCUACCUCAGCAUACGUUUCUGCCACAUUCUUAAGUAGCAAAAAAGGAGAAGUGUUUUCCUCUUCUGUGGGAUGUAAGGUUUAUCAGCCAUUAAAACUCAGACUCCUCUAGCUUUUCACUUGCUGUGAAUCAGCCUUCCUAUCCCAGGACGCAAGACUGCAAAAUAGUGAGACUGCGCACACUGAUGUUUACAAGACUGAAGAGUCUUCAUCAAGAACAGUGGCCAGUGGCCUUCCGAUCCCAGACAGGCGCAGAGUGUGCUCUCUGGAUAGACGCACCUUCCACAGCGGUCGUGCACGUCAGCCGUGUCUGCUGAAUGUGCCUCCUGAAGAGAUCUCCUGAUUAGAACCAGUAGCUGAAAUAUUAAAUAUUGAUAGAAAAGUAAGUGGAAAAGAACUGGAACCAGGUUCAGAAUCAUGAAAACAUUUUUACAACAAUAAAAAUUAUAUCAAACAGGGUUUAAAGGAAAUUAAAACAGAAUUAUGAGAAGUACAAUUUGUUAUAGUAUCAGAUUUCUAUAUAGAUUUUAUACCUCAGUGGGGAAAAAUGAUUCCAGUGACAUUUAUUUUGUUUUCAUCUGUGAUAGUCAUAUGGAUGCUUUUAUUUUCCUUGGGGUGCUGAAAAUGAGAUGGGGGUGGAGCUCUGGACAUAGUUUUGAUUCCUUUUUACAAUAUUUUUAUUUGGUUUGUGGGCUGUUGGAAUUGUAAGUUUUAAUUGCCUUCUUUAAAAAAAAAUGGAGAUUUAACAUGCCUGGUCUCAAUUGAAACGUUAGAGAUAUCAGUUGCUCUUGGGUCAACUGGCUUACAGACUAUCUCUUAUCCUGUCCCCCAACCUCCACACAGUUUCUUACCACAUUUUCAACUUUUUAACUUGACCCCCAGACUCCUGCUACUGACUCCAGAUUUGUCUCCACAGCAGCAACUCCUCAAUUCCUGUGAGUCACUUCGCACAACUUACAAAGAGUGGUUGUUUAUUUGGGUAUGUGGAGAUCAUGGAUCUGAUGGGGCUUUUUUGAAAACCUUUUCCACUCCACACAAAGAUGUGCUUCCCUGUCAGGUGCACAUUUAGAUUAAGCUUGAGUUGUGAUGUUGAUUUGCUGCUUUUUUAAAAAAAAAUAAAAAUUGACUGAAAAUAUUUAAUUGGCAUUUUUUAAUGAGUUAGCCAAGGAAGUGCAGCUGAGUCCGUAUUACAGUCCUGCAUUUCUCCCUAACUCCAUUUCGUUAACUGAUUUUCUUUUCUCUGGUUUUUAGUGACACAAUCACCUAUUAAAAGUUGAUGUUAAUUAAAGUUCACGUUUGGUCUCACAGAAAUCUCCUUGUGACAUUUUCCUAUGGCAUCCCACUGGCCAGAAUAUGCAUACACUCUGCUUCCUGUUUGUCAGGGGAUAGUUAAGGGGGUUCUGUGCUUUGAUUAUCAAAGACUCGCUGCAGGAAGUCCUAUUUCUUAUGCUUAAGAAUGGUCCUGGAAGUCGCAUCACCAGUGACAUUUGCCCAGUUUCUCAUCAUUCAUUUGCUCAGCAUCGAACAUACGGAUGCUUGGGGUAAAGCUGUCCUCCAGGAUGCAGAGAUUCCCCAGGAAGUCUGAAAUGAAGCAGGUGUUGGCUGGAAUAGUUUUUCUCCUCUGUGAGCUAUGUUAAUUCUAUUUCCAGUGGGCCCAAUGUUUGAAAAGUCAGAUGUUUAAUAAAUUAUUUUCAUGCUCAGAAUUACAGAUUUUUGUACCCUAGCAUAGCAUGGCCUUACUCCUUAUUGUAAAAGUUUAACAGCAUUGUGAUUUUAAAUUUUGUCUCACUUUUUAAGUGGGGGUGUGAGUGACUUAAUUCAUGGGUACUUUUAGAACCUGAUAGAUAAUCUCAUUGCCUUUAUUUUUCUAAUUAAAAUAUUCCUAAAUACUUUGAAAUAUAAAAUAUUCCUGAGUAGUUGUGCCUUCCGUUGA